GAGGGGAGGGGUGACCGGAAGCAAGGACAACAGGAGCAGAAGCCGCCUCCGCCGACGACGACGAACCUCAAAAAGCAGAAGCGCCUAAAUGUGGGCGGACCCUAUACCAUAAGGCCCCAGUAAGGUGGUUGUCCAAAGCAUCCCGUAAAACGCGACAGCCCCUUCCAUCGCCAAGGUCGAGUCCGCCCCUUUUGUGUGUAUGCCUCGUUUGGGGGUGGUUCGCUGCGAAGCAUGCUUGGCCCCGCCUUCCUCCUGAAGGGGGUUGGUUUCCAGUCACACAGUCACAGUCACGGAAUCAGUUGCUCACUUUGCUGCGACACUUCGAAGGCAGCAGAACAGACGUAUCCCAUUUAUUCCUUUAUCCGUACAAACGGACAGACGGACAAGCGGACCACGGGAGAGAUGGCAUGGCUACCGAGCAGCUCGAAUGGAGCGGAUAACGCGGAUGAGAGGAGCACGGCCUCGAGUGGCUCCUCCGGACACAGCCAGGCCAACGGAUCUCCGUCCCCUCGUUCCGGAAACGGAAACGGACACGGAAAUGGCAAUGGCAAUGGCAAUGGCAAUGGUGUUAUCCGGGAGUCCGGCAGACAGCCGCCAGCCCUGCUCCGCCAUGCCACGCCCCAUCUGCAGCCCAAGACGGAGUCGGUCUCCGACGGAGACGGCGAUGCGGAGCUCUCCGACUUCUCCCUCAACGACACCGAGGAGGACGAGGAGGAUCUGCGGGACUACAUCGUGCUUAAUGGCAACCAGGCGGAUGGCAAUCGAUCGCUGUCCAGUUCGCCGCGCAGUCACUCCCGCAACGGAUUGCUGACCGCGCCGCCCAGCUCUGGAAGCUCUGCCGGCGGAGGCGGUGGGGGCGGUAAUGCCUCCUCCUCCGGGGGCAAUGCCAGUGGUGGAGGCGGCGGAGGAGUCGGCGGCACCGGCGGUGUACGCAAGGUGUUCACCAACACCCGGGAGCGCUGGCGUCAGCAGAACGUGUCCGGCGCCUUUGCUGAGCUGCGCAAGCUGGUGCCCACACAUCCGCCGGACAAGAAGCUCUCGAAGAACGAGAUCCUGCGCUCGGCCAUCAAGUACAUCAAGCUGCUGACGGGCAUCCUCGAGUGGCAGCAGCAGCGCGGACCGACUGGUGGUCAGCUGCUGGAGACGAACAACAACGAUAACAAAAUGGUGAAUGGCCAUGCGGCGGAUGGGGAACUGGUGGAGAAUAAUCCGGAUAUGGCGUCGGUGCGGCACAUCAAGUGCGAACGAACCGAGGGGCACCAUCCGCAGCGGAAUGGUAAUGGGGGCAAUGACCUGCUCAUGAUCGCCCCGGCCAUCAUCAAAAGCGAGCUCCUCCUGGAGUCGCCACUGCCACUGAGCAUUGCUCCGCAGGCCAUGGUGGAGGCGCGGAUGUCGGGAUCCUCCGUAUCCGGCUUAAAGCCGACUGGCACUGGCAGUGCCAGCCGGAGCAGCAAGCGGCGCCUCAAGCCGGAGGGUGGAGCCACCGAUCUCAGUCUGGCCAAACGGCGCCGAACGUAGACUCUCCCGGAAAUUGGUGCUCUGAUGGAACUGGAUGCCGGCUGAGCCGCAGCAACUGGAGCAACUGUCAGAUGGUUUACUACAUACUACUCAUACAUAAAGAAUUUUUUUUUUAAUUUUACCAAUAAAUUUAAAAGUUAACUG